UCCCUCCUUGCUACUAUCUUCUUCACACCCAGCUUUGUUUGCAUCUAUCUCUCUCUAACUCACUCUCUCGGCCUCUCUCCCAAUCUCGCCAUCUCGCCAUCUUCCAUCUCUUCCACUAAUUACAACCCCCCCUUGCCGAUACAUCCUGACCUCGCAUGCAGCUCCAAAGCCCACGUGAGCGGGUGACACUGCGGCUCCAACGCUUCUUAUAUCCUCUUUCGGCCCUUUUCUCUUGCCGCCCAGUGCUCAGUGCUUCGAUAAUACAGUAUGCAGUCAGCCACAUGUCUUCGUUGUUGGCCAGCUCACUCAAACUCCAAGUACCAUGUGUCUGCUGCGUCGUUGGGUCAAUUUGUAACUACGUACCAUCAUCAGCA